GGAGGCGGCGGCUGCCGGCGCUCGCCCUCCUCCUUCCUCCAUCCCUGCAUCCCUCCCUCGCCAUGCAGAGCCCCCCCUGAGCCCCCAGCGCCCGGGGGACCCACCAUCCCCAGGGUGCCCAGCAGCGCUCCCGCCACCCCGCCGGGGCCUUCAGCAUCUGCUUCCUUCCUUCCUUCCUUCCUCCUCCUCCGCCUCCUCCUCCUCCCUCCCUUCCCCAACCCCCCGCAGCCACCACCCUCCCUCCCUCCUUCCCCAGGGCCUGCCUGGCAUGGAGGUGCUGGCCACGGGGAGCCGGAUGCUUCCCGCGGGCUGCAUCGCUCCUGCCCCGCAUCCCUGUGGCUGCAUCCCUCCUGCCCCGCAUCCCUCCGCCCCGGCACAUCCCUGAGCCUCUCGGCAGCCGCCUCCUUUGUGCAGCGGAGCUGCUGUGCGGGCUCCGUGUCCCCCCACCCCCAACCCCGCAGCCCCCCGGCUCGGGGGUGGCCGGCGGGCGAGCGGGAGAGAUGCUGCCCUCGCCGGAGGAGCCCAGCGCGGGAGGUCGGCGGCCAGAAGCAGCGCCCGUCACCGGCCGAUGCUGACACCCCUUCCCUGCGAAUCCCCGGAUCCCACACCUCCACCCCAGAGCCCUUCCCCAGCCAUGCCCCAGCGGAGCCGCCGCCACCCCAGCUCCGGGGGCUCCGGAUCGCGCCCCGCGCCGCCCGCGUCCCUGCGUGCCGCGCCAUGAGCGCCGGGGCGCCGCGCUGAGGGAUGGCCUCGCUGGACCUGCCCUACCGGUGCCCGCGCUGCGGGGAGCACAAGCGCUUCCGCAGCCUGUCCUCGCUGCGGGCGCACCUGGAGUACAACCACACCUAUGAGACCCUCUACGUCCUCUCCAAGACCAACAGCAUCUGCGAUGCCGCCGUCUUCCCCCUGGCCGCCGACGGGGCGCUGCUGGCGCCGGCGGCGCGCCGGGACUACUUCGAGAGCACCUCCUUCCAGGGCAAGGACCAGCGCUUCUCCUGCGACCUGGUGCCCGCCGAGGAGCUGGAGCCGGCGCCGUCCUCCUCGCCCUCGCCCCGCUACGUCCACGAGAUCGAGAUCCCGCUGACGGAGAUCUUCGCCCGCGGCAAGGCCGUGGCGCCGGCGCCGGCGCCGCCGGCCGCGAUGGACGCGGCCUACGAGGAGGGGCUGGCGCGGCUGAAGAUCCGCGCCUUCGAGAAGCUGGAGGUGGACAAGCGGCUGGAGAAGCUGACGGAGGAGGUGGAGCAGAAGAUCGCCUCGCAGGUGGGCCGGCUCCAGGUGGAGCUGGACCGCAAGAGCUCGGAGCUGGAGAAGGCCAAGCAGGAGAGCCUGCGGCUGAGCCGGGAGAAGCAGGAGCUGGAGGACCGGGCGUCGGAGCUGUCGCGCCAGGUGGAUGUCAGCGUGGAGAUGUUGGCCUCCCUCAAGCAGGACCUGGUGCAGAAGGAGCAGGAGCUCACCCGCAAGCAACAGGAGGUGCUGCAGAUCGACCAGUUCCUGAAGGAGACGGCGGCACGCGAGGCCAACGCCAAGGUCCGGCUCCAGCACUUCAUCGAGGAGCUGCUGGACCGGGCGGAUCGGGCGGAGAAGCAGCUCCAGAUCAUCAGCAGCAGCUGUGGGACCACCCCAAACGGCAGCCUGGGGCGCUGCGGGACCCCCGGGGCCAAGGCCAUCUGCCGACCGGUACCUCCGCGGGCACAGAGAGACCGGCACCCAGGGCCGUGCGUGGCCGUGCACGGUGCGUACGGCGUGUCCAACCAGCGCUCCUCCUCCAGCACCGGGGCCUCGAGCCGGGCCAAGGCCGUGUCGCAGAGCUCGGGGUGCUACGACAGCGACAGCGCGGAGCCGUGUCCCACCGACGACACGGCCGACGGGCAUCCCUACGCGGCGCGGGACGGAUCCCGCGGCUCAGGGCUGCGCCGCCAGGCCAUCCAGAACUGGCACCGCCGGCCCUACCGCAACAGCACCGAGGGGGAGGAGGGCGACGUCUCCGACGUGGGAUCCCGCACCACCGAGUCGGAGGCCGAGGGCUGGGAGCCGGACGCGCCCGGAUCCGCCGCGUCCCGGCCCACCGGGAGCUGCCGGCUGACGGUGGCCACUGACGCCGGGUGUCCCCCGGCCAGGCCCGAGGGGGCCGGGGGCAAGGUGUGCCGGCUGGAGAGGGGCAGCCCAGGGCACUCCAGCGAGGUGAUCAGCCCCGAGAUCCUCAAGAUGAGGGCGGCUCUCUUCUGCAUCUUCACCUACCUGGACACCAGGACCCUGCUGCGGGCGGCCGAGGUGUGCAAGGACUGGAAGUUCGUGGCCCGGCACCCGGCCGUGUGGACACGGGUGCUGCUGGAGAACGCCAGGGUGUCCUCCAAGUUCCUGGCCAUGCUGUCCCAGUGGUGCACCCAGAUGCACUCCCUCACCCUCCAAAACCUCAAGCCACGCCAGCGAGGGAAGAAGGAGAGUAAGGAGGACUACAUGAGGAGCACACGGGGCUGCCUGGAGGCUGGUCUGGAGUCCCUGCUGAAGGCCACGGGCAGCAACCUGCUCAUCCUGCGCAUCUCACACUGCCCCAACGUGCUGACGGACCGCUCGCUCUGGCUGGCCAGCUGCUACUGCCGGGCCCUGCAGGCUGUCACCUACCGGAGCUCCACGGACCCCGUGGGCCAUGAGGUCAUCUGGGCCCUUGGGGCAGGUUGCAGGGAUAUCAUCUCCCUCCAGGUCGCACCUCUGCAUCCGUGCCAGCAGCCCACACGUUUCAGCAACCGCUGCCUGCAGAUGAUCGGGCGGUGCUGGCCCCACCUGCGGGCUCUGGGCGUCGGAGGCGCCGGCUGCGGCGUCCAGGGACUGGCAUCCUUAGCCCGGAACUGCAUGAGGCUCCAGGUUCUGGAGCUGGACCACGUGGCCGAGAUCAACCAGGAGGUGGCAGCCGAGGUGUGUCGGGAGGGGCUGAAGGGGCUGGAGAUGCUGGUGCUGACGUCCACCCCGGUCACCCCCAAAGCCCUGCUGCACUUCAACAGUGUGUGCCGGAACCUCAAGUCCAUCGUGGUGCAGGUGGGAAUCGUGGACUAUUUCAAGGAGCCCCACAGCCCUGAAGCCAAGAAGAUGUUUGAAGAAAUGGUGAACAAACUCCAGGCCCUGAGGAAAAGACCCGGCUUCUCCAAGAUUUUACACAUCAAAGUGGAAGGAGGCUGUUAGACCUUCAGGGAAGCACAAAGCACAUUCCCUCCUCUGCCUGGCGGCGCCCGGAGGCCCCGUGAAAACCAAACCCACCGCCCGGCGCUCGCCCGCGGCCGGACCCGGCGCGCGGACCCGGAUCCGCCGGCUCGUGCACAAGGAAAACCCGAAACUCUCGCAGGCCUUAGUGACUGGCAGCCGGAGCUCAUCCCAGGGCCGGCUCGAGGGCGAGAAGGUGCUACUUCAGGACAAUUUUUUUUGGCUGCCCCAGGAGACAGGGCGACGCUCCUUCCCGGGAGGGGAAGAAGGCUCGGAAACCCCCGCGGCCGCUCGUUGCCAAGGAUCCGUGUUUGGGGAAAUGUCUUUUUCUUCGGGCUCUGUUUCUUGGAGGGGUUGGGGUUUUUUGACCAUCUGAGGAUCUCCCAGCCCAUCCCAUGGGCUCCUUGUCCUCUCUGUGGAGUGGGAGAGGUGGGGUGGGAAGGGGCUGUUCCUCCAGAGGGAAGGACACCCAGCGUUCCUGUGGGGUCUCCGUUUCAUUUGUUGGACAGAGGGGCUCCCAAACCUGGGCAAACGCUGCCCAGAGACCAGCAGCUCCCACAGCACAAGCCCGGGGGGCAGAGCUGCAUCUCGAGGGGCUGCAGGAGCCAGAGGACACCAGGAGAGAUGGUCGCUCUUCCAGAGGUCUCCAGCCUCGCUUCCUCUCCACCAAAACCUUCCUGCCAAGGCAAUAAACCAUCUCCAAAAUCCUCGUCCACCAGGAAACACGGGUCACGCUCCGGUCCCCACCAUCCACCGCCCGUUCAGGCUCUGCCUGGAGCAAGUUUUCCCACGUGGAGAGAAGGACUGGAAUGGGACGCUCGUGUUUGCCAUCUCACCGCCUUCCCGAGCAGCCUGAAGGAGAAACCCUGGGCAAAUUAUCCCGAAAUCCAAAGCUGCUGGUGAAAGCACCACCCAACAGCCUCUGCUUGACCCUUAUCCGUGGCCACGGCUGGUUUUUUUAACUCUGCUUUUUCCUUCCCGGGUGUCUCCAAGGAGGUCGUCAUCCUCAAAAUACCCUUUUUUUUCCACAGGAAAAAGCUUUGGAAAGGCAUCCAGCAGGGCCAGGCAUCUCCAUGCUCCACCCUGAGGAUAAAGUACCAGGAGGUGCCCACGGAACUGGGGACACCCAUCACAGCACUGCCAGCAGUGGGGACACACCGGCCUUAACCACAGCCCCUGGUCAUCCCAAUCCCCAGCCAGGUGCCCUUGGAUCGGGCUGAGCGGAGAGAAUCUGACUGGGAAAAGCAGAUUUUUGGGGUUUUUCCUCUGAUUUGGACCAGUGUUGGAGGUUUUGGUGCCUGUUGGCCAGCGUGGCUGCAAAGACACAGCCCUUCCCAGGGCACCUCCCCUUCCCAGGCUUCCCAGGGUGAGGGGCUGACAGGGAACAUCCCUCCGGGAGGGAGGAGGCUGCAGAUCCAUCUGGGACCACAUUCCUCGCCCAUGGCAGAGCUCAGCCAGGGCUGCCAGCAUGACAACAGUCCGUGGGGAUCCUGAGAGACAACAACAUCAAUCCCAAAUCGCUGAAGCCAGUGGGGGGCUGGAGGCACCUCCCGGGUCUCCAACCCCACCUCAGGAGAGCCUUCAUCCCCCCUUCAUCCCACCCACGCCGUCUCCUGAAACAGGGUAAGGGAUUUUUGGCCAUAAACCCCGUUUGAAGCACCUCUGCUCCCCCCCUCCAACUGCAGCUUUUCCAGGAGAAGGCUGCUCCCUGUCUGCACAAAAUGUGGGAGCCCCCCAAAAAAUGCCUGCGAGAAACUCCCGCCAUAUCCCCAUGGAUGAGCUUCCUGGCACCGGGAUCAGCUCCCUGCCGUGGCUUUACCUCCACCUGGGGAAGACUGGGACACAAAUUCCAGGGGCAAGAGGAGCAAGGGAUGCCCCGACCAGCAAAAAAAAAAAAAACAACCACCCAGCAAAGCUACAACCACCCGGGGAACAUCCAGCCCUUAUCCCAGGAACGUGUCCCAGUAGAGCUGUCAGAGACUUGGGAAAUUCCCUUAAAAAAAAAACCCAAACAACAACAACAACAAAAAAAACAAAGUAAGUAUUUAUUUCUAUAAAGAAGGAAAAAAAAAAAAAAGAGAUUUUAAAGGAAAAUUAUAUACUCAGCAUGUUUAUACACUCUAUGCUUAAAGACUAUCGUGGUGGAGAGUCGUGUCCGAAGACUGAAGGCGGCUGCUCCGGGUUUGCCCCAGGUUUUUGUGACCCUCUCCCAGCUCCUCGGGGCUGUUGGGAAGGCAAAGGUGAUGGAAAAAAGGGGGAGAUGUUUGAGGAUUCUUGGAGAAGAAACCUUCUGUGCCCGCCAGUGGUGUCAGUGGCCGUGUCUGUGGUGGUGUUGGAGCCACUGGGGUUUGGAAUUCAUGGCAGGACACUCCCACUGGAAUUUGGUGCUUCGAAGUGUCACCGAGACCAGAGCGAACCAUCGGCCUCCCCUCGGGGCAUUCCCGAAAAAUCCAACUCGGCAAAAGCCACGUUUCCACAGAAAUCCUCUGAUGACACAAGGCCUUGAGCAGGUUCAAGGAUUAGAAGAUGGGAAGUGGGGGGGUUCUCCCCGUUUUCCUUGGGCUUGAACGGAUCCCUCCCUCCUCCUCUUGGGAUGGAGGUGGGUGAGGGCAAGGACACAGGUGGUAAUGAGGGCCCAGCCCUCCUGGUGGCUCCUAAUUGCCCAGGUUGUUAAUGAGCUCAUUAACAGCUCUGUAUUUCUUCCACUGAAAUGUCAUAUUGAUCCUUUCCCUGCUGCUUUCCCUCCCCAUCCCGCUGUUUUCCCCCUCCCCAAACCCCCAUCCCUAUGGGAUGCUCGUGGAUUCACAGCCCGGGUCACGGAGUUUCAACCCCAUUUCCUCUGGAAAUGGAUGGAAAACACACAGAAAUACCAAAUUCCCCGGGAAAAGCCUUGAAAUCAGGCAGUGUAUCCAGGAGCUCAGCCCCAUUCCAGAUCCUAGAGAAGCCCCAGAGGGGCUCUGCGAUGACAAUCUCCAGUAAAAUCCAUGGAUCCGGGGUGAGAAUUGGGAUCACAGCGAUGGCCAGAGCUGGCAGGGGCUGGAUGGAUGAUGGUUCCAGAGCUGGAUCCUGCAGAUCCAGUUCUCGGGAGAUUUAUUCCUUUUCUAAGGAGUUUUCCCAAAGUUUCCCCGUGGCUGACAUUCCCAGCAUUCCCUAUUGCUUGAAUUUGGGUGCUGGUCAGGGAUUUCAAGAGGAACAACAUCACCAAAGCCAGCUCAGGGGCCAAAUUUAUCCCAAAUCCAUGUUUUUCUUGGUUGGGUUUUGCUUGUUAUCCAUCCAUCCAAGCCCCCAGGAGCUGUGGGAAUGCUCCAGGGACCAGCUGCCUCCUCCUGCCUUAUCCCUGUGCCCCCAGUUUGGGAUGUCAGGGCUCGAGGAAAAUGGGAACUCCAGGGUUAGCUCUGUCCAAGGAGGAUUUUAAUCUUUAUCCCACUUUUUUAUGCCAUGUGUCCCAGUGCCAGCUGCCAGCAGGGGCACAGCUUGCAUGGAUCCUCCAAAACACUCUGAAUUUAGGGAAAAUAGAACAAAAAAACCACAGGAAAAGCGUUGCUGAAGCUCAGCCUCUCGUUUUGGGGGAAGGAAAAAUGCAGGCUGGGAUGGAGCAAAAGCAUUUGGGAAUUGGGAAGUGGGAAAAUGCUUUAAAAGGGGGGAAAACAAAGCAGGGAGCAGGGAGAUUUUAGGAACUGGAGAUGGUUAUUUGUAAGGUGGUGACGGACCUUCCUCACCCGUGGGAGGCAAAAUAAUCCCCCCCCCCGCCGAGGGUGGGAGAACUGAGGAAAGGAGAGGAGGGAAAGCUGCCCAAAAAGCAGGGAAAAUUAUGGGAUUUUUCUGAUCCAGCCUCGGGAUUGAGCCCCGUGGAGGGGUAACGAGGCAGGUUGGGGCCGGGGACAAGUGGGUGCAAUGGUGUGGGGUGGCUUUUGCUUCGAGAUAAUCAGAGGAGAUAAUCAGUGCAGGGAAAGAGAGAUCCCCAAACACAGGGAUUUGGGAUCCCUUUCCCUGAAGAGCCCUCGUUUGCUCCGCCAGUGGGUUCCGAGGGGCCCCUGUACAGCGACCUCCCCCCUCCCCAAAGGUAGCCAGUUGCCUCCCAAGUUAUUUUUUUAAACUCUCUAUAAAUUUAGGUCUAUUUUAGUCUCUUCGCAGCGAUGUGCCAGUGUCUGGAGAACCAAACAGCCCCCCCCCUUUUUAUUUUUGUUUUUUUUUCCUCUUAUCCCCGUGGUCCCUCGAUGCUAAACCGGGUCCUGGGUGUGAAUCCACCAGAGGAUGUUGUCCUGGAGGAGGGGGAGUGGUGGGAUCAGGGUGCACCGGAGGAUCCAGGUGGGUUUGGUGGGAAGCAGGGUCCGACUCCGGCCAGGAGACCGUGGUUUUUUAGCACUUUGGUUGGAACUAUCACCUGUAGACGCACUUUGAUGUUGUUGCUUUGAAACUUUGGCGAGUGUAAACAAUGUGUAUUUAAGGAAUUAACAAAAAAAACCCCAAAAAAACAAAAAACAAUUCCCCCCCCCCCCCCCCCCCCCCCCCCAAAAAAAAAAAAAGAAGUGU